AUGGCCCUUCCUAGCCGCAAGAAUGUGUCUCGCGUGCAGCGCAAGAAAGCCAAGAAGCAUCGCCCCGAGAUCAUCGUGAUCGACUUGAAGGAUCAUGUUCUCGGUCGUGCGGCGGCUGUGGUUGCCAAGCAGCUGCUACUGGGUAAGAAGAUCACCGUAGUGCGCUGCGAGCAGCUCAACAUUGCCGGUACGGAGAUCCGCAACAAGAUCAAGUACCUGCAGUACCUGCGCAAGCGGAAGCUGACAAACCCCACGAAGGGCCCCUUCCACCACCGUGCCCCAUCCGACGUGUUCGUCCGCGCCGUGCGCAGCAUGCUGCCCCGCUACACGAAGCGCGGCAUGAGGGCACUUAACUCGCUGGUGGCCUACGAGGGGGUGCCGGCUAAUGUGGUGCGCACAGGUGGUCGUGUGGUGAUCCCGCGCGCCCAGCGCCAUGCGUGCUACCGCUCGGAGCGCCCGUACACAGUACUCGGCAACAUGUGCAAGCAUGUCGGUUGGAAGUACAGCGACGUCGUCGCCAAGCUCGAGCAGGCUCGCGUGGAGAAGGCGUCCCGCCACCACAAAAAGCAGGCAAAGCUCCGCGACGCGUGGAAGGCGGCCCGCAAGGAGGCGCUUGCUAAGAUGCCCAAGCACAACGUGGCGGUGCUGAAGAAGUUCGGCUACUCGUAA